AUGUCGUUCUCUCGGCCUCGUCGGGGCAGGGACGACGAGGAGCAGGAUGCUGUUCGUGUUGGUGAUGAGGGGUCAACGCCAGCGAAGCGACCGCGGUCGCAGUGCUGCUCUUGCUCCUGCUGCAGCCACCACCAGGUUUUAUCCCCUCUGAGCGAAAUAAGAACACAUCAGUUGAAAUUUGAGAAUAAGUGCUGCAAUGACAAGUACUCGAGACACGAUAUAAUGGCAGAUGAUGGAACUCCUAUUAAGGUAGCCAUAUAUGAUAAAGAAAAUAGGGUCAUCACAAAUGGACCCUUAUCCUCCAUUCAAGUUAAGAUUGUUGUCCUGGAUGGUGAGUUUAACAAGGAAAAUAAAGAGCAGUGGAAUGAAAACUCCUUCAAAACAAGCAUAGUACACUGCCGGCCAGGAAAACAACCUUUGUUUGCCAAUGAACUGUAUCUAAGGCUUGAAAAUGGUGUGGCUCCCCUCUGUGGCGUCAAAUUCCAAGACAAUUCAAGUUUUGUUCCAAGCAAGAAGUUCAAGUUGGGAGCCAUGGCAGAUGAUGAUAAUAUAUCAGAAAAAAUUCUGGAAGGAAUAUCUGAAUCUUUUGCUGUAAAGGAUGGUCACGGGUACCACCAUGAUUGGAACAUCAUAGUUGGACAUGCUCUAAGUUGUAAACCAGGACCUGAACGUUAUUCAUACCGCAUUCCUGGAACGGACACUACAUUUUUCUUCACCUCACUAUACCAAAUUGUUGGUGCAGAAUUCAGUGGUAAAUACACUUCUUAUGAAGAACUUAACAAUACUCAGAAGGGUAUAGUGCAAGGCUCCAAGGCGAUAGCAUAUGACAAUCUGAAACAUGAGGUGAUCACUGGAGAAAGCCGUCGCCCCCGUCAACGUUGGGUAAAAGUUGUGACUAUGGUCAACACUAUGGUCACCACUCUUCACAUCUGGAGCAAGAAGUCGGAGCCGCCAUGUCCACAGGGCACAUUAGACUUUGGGAUGACAGAUGUGUCCAUGGAUAGUUUUUGGGAAGACGUUGACAGCGAAUACCCAAUUCCUUUGGCCCAAACUACUAGCUUCGAGAUGACAGAUAUUCUGACUGUUUUGAAAACAUAUUCUGAAUCUGUUGGUGGUGCCAGAAACAAGUUUCGAGAUGACAGAGUAGCAUCUGUAAAUAUAAUGCUGUGGGAUUACUGUAUCGAGGCUCUUGCGCAACAGGUGAUUUCGCUCUUCUAG